AUUUUCCCGCAUUCUGUAAGUUUUCUUUACGCAUUUCCACCACUAGGGUGUGCCACCGUGUCAUUUUUCUUACACAAUGUGAAAAUAUAAUUCCAAUUCUUCCAGUUGCCUAAUGUGAUAGAAAUAUUCCUAUAAAAUUUUUACAAUACUUAAGAUGCCAUGUAUAGACUCAGAUAUAGAUUAAGGAUUCUGCUUCCGCCUUUACUCGUCGGAAUUUUGAUUACUUUGACUGUUAUUGUGAUAAAUAACGGUUCACUUCUUCGCCAUGUCUUUUACAACUACCAAAUUCAUUUUCAUGGAGUACCGGGGAGUUACUUGUCCACGAAAACACCAAAUGAGAGUUACUGUAACUUCAGGUAUGGUUUACCUGAGGAACUUUUAUACGAAGAAAGUGAUUUAAUUGUGCCAUUUGAAGAAAAAGAUAAAAGUCCAUACCGCAUUCUUCAAAAUGUGAUUGAAGCCAAAUGGGACGAAACAGUAUCGGAAGUUACCUAUGUCACACAUUCGACAGCGGAUUUUAUCAAUUACAUUGCAGAAAUAAUCAGAUUUUGGGAAGGCCCGAUUAGCGUUGCCGCUUUUGUACCGGAUUCCGACGCCGAUUUAACAAUCCGGCAAUUGACACAAUUAUGUUUCUGUGCCCCUGAAAUGGGGCGAGUAGCUGUUCAUUUUGUAUUUCCUCUCAAGGAGCCCCCAUAUUUGCAAAACCAUCAAGACAAACUUACUUGCGAGCUUCCUGACUCGUCAAAAUUGGCCACUUUUCGGAUGAGCAACGAGCUCAUGUACCCCAUCAACAUAUGCAGAAACAUUGCUCGGACUUACUCACAAACUGAUUUUGUGAUGGUCACUGAUAUCCAGCUUAUACCAAGCGAAAACUUGGCUUCGAGAUUCAUCAAAAUGGCAAAAUUGUUACAUUUGAAGAAAAGUCCGUCCCGCGUUUUCGUAGUGCCUGUGUUUGAAGUUGAGGCUUAUGAUGUCAUACCGAGGACGAAAGACGAACUUAUGAUGAUGGUGAAAGAGGAAAGAGCGGUUUAUUUUCAUAGAUAUACUUGUUCCCAUUGCCAGAAAUUUCCAGGGAUUAAGACCUGGCUCGAAAGUGCCAGCGGUGACACCAUUAAGCCCUUUGUAUCCGUCAAAAGAGAGUACCCUUUCCAUCGCUGGGAACCCAUUUAUAUAGGAAGUAAAACAGACCCUUUGUACAGUGAAGUCUUAUCUUGGGAGGGAUUACAAGAUAAGAUGACUCAGAUGUUGGAAAUGUGCCUUAUAGGAUAUCAGUUUAUUAUUUUGGAUGGCGCAUUCCUCGUUCACUGGCCCGGGAUUAAAAAAGAAAAACAUAAAUUUUACGUAAAAAAUUUUUGGCGGAUGACUUUUCAGCAGGAAAAUUCCAAACACUACUCAAGAAUUAUCAAGGAAUUGCGAAGUAAAUAUGAAGAUAAUCCUAAGUGCAAGCUGCAAUAAAUCAAAUUGUUGAGUUAGACUAACUUAGCCAAAGCAUUAGAUUAGUUAAUUGUUGCUGAUAUGAGCCAAUUAGAGUUUUGUUAAAGUUGAACCGACCUGUGAUCAUGCUUAUUUUGACAAAUAAACCGAACAAGGAAACGA